AUGAGAAUACAUUUACGAAGAAUUGUGCUGUUAGUGAGCAUCAUUAAUACGAUUUUUGUGUUAGUCUACUUUUUCAAAUCACAAACAAUAUCUUUAUCAGUCGAUGGUGAACAAAGUCACCCGAGAGAAAGAGUUCUAACUGUGGGCCUACGUCCGCAGAUACCAGUUCCUAGAGACAAUCUCAGAAACAUUGGUUCAACUUUGAAGUACAUUGAACGAAAAUCUGGAAGUUGUCAAAAUGAAAUAGAGAGACCAAUCAAUGUGGAGGACACAGAAACAUGGCAAAAAGUGGGAGGCAAAACAAAUACUUAUGUCUUUUCAGCCUUUUUUGACGGAGUAAAUAACCCUGUCAUUCGGAUACUUGCACUUACAGAAAGGGGUUCCUCACAAGGUCUAUUUUGUCAGUUAUGGUAUAACGAUACCAAAGAAGAAUUACGAGUUAUAGCACCAAUAAAGAAACAUAUUCCUGAAGACCAUUCCAAGAGAUAUGCAGCUACAAUAUAUUUGUGUAAUUUGAUGACAAAAGAAAUACCCUAUGCCGUGUCAUUAACUAGUGCCAGAUGCCAGAGACCAACAAAUCUCUUACCAAUCAACAAUCAAAUGCAGAAAGAGUUUCAAUUUUCGUUGUGUUUAACUCCAUUUAGUAUACGAUAUAGCAGAGCAUAUGAACUGGUAGAAAUGAUAGAAUUGAAUCGUAUUUUAGGAGUUGAUAAAUUCAUCUUCUACAACUAUUCUACUGGUGUAAAUGUUGACGAGGUUCUAAAGCACUAUACAUCAAAAGGAAUCGUUAAAGUUAUUCAGUGGCAUUUACCAGUCCGUGUAAAUCAAUGGCCCCAAAAUCAUAAGGAAGAAGUGCAUUACUUUGGACAGCUAGCUUCAUUAAAUGAUUGUCUCUACAGAAAUCUGUAUUCCAGUGAACAUCUAGUCUACACAGAUUUGGAUGAAUUUAUAGUGCCUCGUAAUGCUGAUAAUUACAAGGAGUUGAUUCGUAAAUUGGAUACACGACCUUUAUCAAAUGGUGCCUUUAUUUUCCGAUGUGUGUUUUUUAGAAAAGAGUGGCCUCAAAUAAAAGGUGAUUUUAAAGGUCGGAAAGAAGCAGAAAAAUUUAAAUCGAUUACGUUAUUGACUACAAGUAGAGAAAAAAGGAUAUGGCCGACGUAUCAAAGAUCUAAGUACAUUGUGAAACCUAAAGGUGUAGAAGUAGUCGGUAUUCAUAAUAUCUGGUCAUAUCGUUCUGGCUAUUCAUCUCUACCAAUUGAUUCAAGUAAUGCCAGACUUCAUCAUUAUAGAAGUUGGGAGAAUCCUAAUGAUCAACAAGAAAGACAAGAGGAUUUCAUCAUACACGAGAAAUAUAAAGAUCGGUUGAUAGAACAACUCAAAUUAACAUGGCGAAAGUUACCAAAUGUUGUUCUAAAUAUUCCCAUUCAAAAUUACACAUUCCCUUUGUGA